CCGAGACAGAAAGGUGGUGUCGCACGCAACCAACGACUUGCAACUCGCACACGACGCGUUAUCGGAAUUUAAUUGUAACAAAUCGUACUUUCGCGGAUAACAGUUAUUAGUUACAGCCAAUCAAUCUUAACCGUAAAGUGUGCGUACGUUAUUGAAAAUGAAAACGGAUUACGCCAUGGAUGAGGUGCAGAAGAGAACGACGUCGAUCAUCGGCGUGUCGGACAUCACACAGAACAAGAUGAUCUGGCGACAGGUGGUGGCAGAGCUGGUGGGCACGUUCCUCCUUACCUCCAUCGGCGUCGCCUCCUGCAUCGCUAUCUCAGAAUCCAACGCCCCAAAGGUCACCAGCAUUGCGCUCUGCUUCGGUCUGCUAGUCGGCUCCAUCGUACAGGCGAUCGGGCACGUGUCUGGCGGGCACAUCAACCCAGCAGUGACGUGCGGUCUGUUCGUAUCUGGUGACAUCAAGCUGCUAAAAGCAUUGCUGUACGUGGUCGCACAAGCGGUAGGCGCGGUCGCGGGAGCUGCGUUCAUCAGGCUCGCUGUCCCCGAGAAUGUUGUCGGAGGUUUCGGUAUGACUUUACCUGGACCAGGAGUUACUGACGGACAGGCUUUGCUGGUGGAGGCUCUGAUCACCUUCGUUCUGGUGCUGGUGGUGCAGGGCGUGUGUGACGGCGGCCGCACGGACCUCAGGGGCUCUGCGCCUCUCGCUAUCGGACUCAGCAUCACCGCCUGCCAUGCCGCAUGCAUCCCGUUCUCUGGCUCGAGCAUGAACCCUGCGCGUUCCUUCGGCCCUGCCCUCGUAAUGGGCGACUGGACUUCGCACUGGGUGUACUGGGUGGGACCGAUCGUGGGCGGUGUGGUUGCCGGCCUGGUGUACAGGUUCAUCUUCUGGAUCGGCAAGGGCGGCGAGAGCGGCUCCUACGACUUCUAAGCGUCUCGAAUUCAUGCUAGUGCCUUAGCUACAAUUAACCUCUCGCAUAGCACCCUAACAGUAGUACAAAUACCGAAUACGCUGAUUAAUGUUUUGGUAUGAGGAACCUAAAGAUAGUUAAACUUAAAAUAUUUGUGAAAUGUCAUUUGAACGUAACUGUAUUUCGCCUAACUUAUUUCGUAUUUAUUUUUAAAACAGAACGAAAGAUAAAUAUAAAGUAUUUUUAAAAUUUCUUUCAACAUCUACAGACUCUUAGUCCUUGUUCUUUUUUGCACAGUUUAUUUUAAUUUGCGUUAUUGUUUUAUAUUCAUUUUUAUAAAUGAAGACUUCCAAUGUCUUAGCUCGAAGGGUAUUGUGAGAGGUUAAUGGUUACAUCGUACAUGCUCAUUGAUAGAUGUACAUCUCUAUGACAUUCAAACUGUGACAUUCUCUCACGAAUAUUUCAUAAUUUAUCAAUGAGCGUCUGUUACGAUCGAUUCUAUUAUUUAAUAUGUUUGGAACGAUCCAAAGUCGAUAUUUAUAAACGAUACGCCACUUGUUGAUUUAACAGAACAAUAACUGAAAUAUUGUAAAAGACUAUAUUGGUCGUAUGUAAGAUAAUAUUUAGGUGUUAAGAUAGGGUUUACUUUAAGUCUAUUUAUAGAUCGGGAUUUAGGCUUGAUAUCUACUAGAGUCGUCCGAAUAAAGAAAAUACCUGCUAAUUAAUGAAAUUAUAACUUAAAACUGCGCACUGUACUUUAGUGGAUACCAAGCGUAAUAAUAUUCAAUUUAAAAGAUGUUUUCUACACAAACUGUAUACUCGUAGUGUUGUCUGUCAUUGUGAAUUUAACAUUAUUUCUAUUUAAUAUAAUUUAUUAUGUCGGACUAAACUCACGUGAAAUAUCUUUUAUAUAAUAAAUAAGUAAAAAUUA